CGCAAGCCUGUAGUCGUGACAGGCACAAAGGCUAUUACAAUCUGCCAUCCUGAAUCAUCUGGACAAAAUAUGAAAUUCAUUGGCAUAGAUGUUUCUUUCUUCAUUCUCUUCACCCUCGCUGCUCUUUGGAAUGCAGGAGCUCAAGACUCUUGCUCAUACCGAUGUGGGGAGCUGCUUGGUACCUGUUCUUGCCAGGUGACGUGCCAGUCCUUGGGGAUUUGCUGUCCUGAUUAUAAAGAAUUUUGUCUUCAAAUUUCUCCAUACUCGGGAUCUCUGAUGGGAGGCAAAGACUUUUUGAUUGAAAAUACAUCUCUUAAUGCCUCUUCUGUGCUAACGUGCAGGUUCAAGCAGAAAAUCAAAACUAGUGGCUAUGUUGCUAAGGAUGGAAAAGCCCACUGCAUCUCCCCAUUGCUGUAUGAGACUGGUUUCAUCCCUUUUGAAGUUUCUACAGAUGAUGGGCUGACGUUUCCGUACUCUGGAACUUGGUUAUCAGUACAUCACAGCAAAGUUUCGGAUGGAGAAAAAUGUACGUUGGUAAAUGAGACAAAAUGGCAAUACUAUGGCACUCCCAACACUGAUGGAAACUUAACUCUUACCUGGACACACCAGGCACUUGCAACAACCCGCGUCAACAUAGAAGUCUGGGGAUACCAGGAAACAGGUGACAGUUACUCAGAAAACUGGAUGGCCGAAUGGAAAUAUCUUUAUACUUUGGCAAGAGAAAUCCCCAAUGCUGGGAAAUUUUCUUUCAUUCCUGUACCCGCUAAUGGAAAUUACAGUACGUGGGACUUUGGAAUUCUAAGAAUUACACCCAGCAGCUAUACUGAUGGGCAGAGCAACAUUCCAUCGAUCUGGAGCUCAGAGCAUGCAUUGGCUUGGCACCUUGGGAAAGACUUCAGAAAUGACCCAGAUGCAUGGGCAACUGCAAAAUGUAUAGAAUGGGACAGAAAGGAGGAGAAGCUUCCAAACUUCAUGGAAGAAAUUAUAGAUUGCCCUUGCACCUUGGCACAGGCAAGAGCUGACACUGGCAGGUUCCAUACAGACUAUGGCUGUGACAUUGAAAAGGGGAGCGUGUGUACUUAUCACCCUGGCGCUGUGCAUUGUGUACGAGCUGUUCAAGCCAGUCCCCAGUAUGCAGCAGGACAGCAGUGUUGCUAUGACUCCACAGGGACACAAAUCCUCACGCAUGACUCCACCGGAGGCAGCACACCUGAUCGAGGCCAUGACUGGGGUUCACCACCUUUCAUGAGGCCUCCCCGGAUACCCGGCUUUUCCCAUUGGCUUUAUGAUGUCAUCAGCUUCUAUUACUGCUGCCUGUGGUCUGACAAUUGUCACUUCUAUAUGAAAAAGCGGCCCUCCAGCGACUGCAGGACGUAUCGCCCGCCUCGAGCUGCAUCUGCUUUUGGGGAUCCUCACUUCUUCACAUUUGAUGGUCUGAACUUCACCUUCAAAGGCCAAGGAGAAUACACGUUGGUAGAGUCUGAUCUCACAGCCCUAAGAGUGCAAGGGAGAGCACAGCAAGCACACUUUCCCAAUGGAACUGGGGCUCAGGUGACAGGCUUGUCUGCAGUGGCCAUGCAGGAGAACAACUCUGAUGUGAUCGAAGUACGCUACUCAGAGAAUUUGAAUCUGGAGGUCCUGUUGAACCAGAGGGUCAUCAGCUUCUCUGAGCAAAGUUGGAUGGACCUCAAAGGUCUCUUUCUCCAUUCUACAGUUGAUCAGAACAUCACAGUGAUGUUCUCUUCUGGGUCUGGAGUGGAAAUAAGGGGAAGCGGAGGAUUUCUGACCCUGACUGUUCUGCUCCCUGAGAAGUUUAUGAAUCACACGCAGGGUCUCUUUGGGGUAAUGAACGGCAAUACAGAGGAUGACUAUACUUUCAAGAAUAAAACCACCAUGUCAGUUCAUGCGAGUCCCCAGCAGUUGUUUGAGUUUGGAGCUAACUGGGCUGUUGAAAAUGGAACUUCUCUUUUUACUUAUGACACAGAGUUCUUACUGAACAAUUUCUUCUAUGGGGAAAAGCACAAUGCUUCCUUUCUGCCUGUGUUCUUUCCUUAUGAAGACCCUGCUGAUCCCCUGGUGAAAGAGAUGGUCAUCUUGUGUGACUCUGACCCGUUCUGCAGAUUCGAUGUCCUGACAACAAGAAGCCUUCAAGUGGGAAGUUCCACAAGACUAUCUCAUCAGAAACACAAGCUGCUCGUAGAACAUCUAGAGCCAGUGAUCUCUUGCGGCUGGCUGGAUCAUCCAACCAAUGGAAGAAAGAAUGGAACUAACUACCUGCUGGGUUCAACCAUCAGUUUCAUCUGCAAUCAGGGCUAUGAACUCACUGGGUCAAAGGAAAGAAUUUGCCAAGUGACGGGGGCCUGGUCUGGAGACACUCCCAGUUGCGUCCCAAGAACAGAUAUCAAACAAGUAAUUCUUCUUGGCUGCGUACUUGGAAUAGUUGGUCUUGCAGUCCUGGCACGUCUGACUUUCUUAUGUAGAAAGGAGAGACACAAAGGCAACCAGAAACUUGUUUCAGAGGUUCCAGUUGUAUCUGAACAUGACACAGUGGAAUUCCAGAGGAGUUUUUAAUGAAAUACAGAAAAAGCAUAACAGAGGAUUAAAUUAUCCACAGCAACAAAGAUAGACUUUCCAAACGCAAACAACGGUUUCAUAUACUAUGCUAUCAUUUGAUUUCUGCUUUCAAUAUAAUGAGUGUUGAAUCGUAUGGGAAAUGCUAACCAACUUCCUGGGAUUAGAUCAUGGCAGGUUUAGCCUACUAUCGCUCUCAAAGUUUUGGGCAUUAGUUUCUUCUAACAGUCACAUCUCUGCCAGCAGAACCAGAGUUCUGACAAAAUCAAAAGACUUCAUGAUUGUUCUGCACUUUUCUUCUUUUACUUGAAAGCUAGUAAAAUGAAAAGAAUCCUAGCCUACUAUGCUAGCCAUUGUUAGAGAAAUAAUGGCCCCUCUGGGGCCACGUAAGGCUGAUUUAGAGAGAUGUGAAAGUGGAUGCAGUCAGAUGGACUAUUGGCAAGUUGGGUUGAAUUUACAAAUUGUUGGGGUUUUUUUUCAGUAGGGAGGGAGAUAUAUUGAGGAUAUUUAAACAUUGCAUUCUUACAUUUUGGUGAGUCUCUGAAUGCAGACUCAAAGUGGCAUUUUUGUUUCAGUUCUGACCUAAUUGUAAAAGGAUACAACUCAGGAGGGGGGGAAGAGGGGAAAGUACUCAGAAAAUGAAACCUUUCCUUCCAGGCUAACUUAUAAUGAUUUUUUAAAAAUCCAUCUUUAUUCAACUGUCCAAUUAGAGUCCAUCUUCAAAAGAAGAAAAUCUGUUACCUGCACUGGAAAUGUUUUGCUAAACUUGCAGUGUUUUCCUUGAAUAACUGCAACAUGCAUACUGUUUCUUUUUUAAUAUCUAACUGUAUUACAGUGUGUUUCAUUAUUUUCAUUAAAAAGUGAUUUCUGAA